GAUGGAGUCAAACGUUUUGACUAGGGAAUACAGUUCGUGAUAAGAAAGCUCCACAGAACAGACAAUGGCGUGCGCGGGAAUGUCAGGUGUUACCACUGGUCUCAGGGAACAAAAAGAACAGGGACCAAUCGAUGUUUUGUUUUUGUGCGACGAGUGGAAGUCCACAAAAGGUGGCCUGACGACCUUCAACAGAGAACUUGCAAUUAAUUUUGCCAAAGCAACUACUGGUAGUAUGAAGAUUCAUUGCUACGUCUCAAAAAGCGACGAUCAGGACAGAGAAAACGCUAGACGACAUUCAGUAAAUCUAAUCACUGCUAAGCGUCUUCCUGGAAUAGAUGAUCCUUUGGACUGGUUGAAAAUUCCACCUUCAGAGCUUCCUCACCCUGAUAUCGUAAUCGGACAUGGAAGAAAGUUCGGUGCUCCGGCCUUUUUCAUCGUUCAGGCUACAAAGUGCAAAUGGCUUCAAUUUGUUCACGUGUUCUGUGAAGAUAUUGGAAAGUACAAGGCUGCAACUACCGAUGGAACAGAUGUAAUCGAAGAGAAUGAGAAGAAACACAAAAGAGAAAUUGAGCUGUGCAAGGCAGCGCAUGUGUUCGUUGCUGUGGGCAGGAGACUGCAACGAAAGUAUAGCAGAAGUCUGCUCGAUGUAGAGGUAGAGAUUAUCACCCCUGGAACAUUUGAAAAUUUUGCCAGUGAAACGCGACUAGUCUCAGAUAAGUCGGUGUUCAAAGUCUUACUAGUUGGCCGAGCAAACUUUGAAGAUCUUACUUUGAAAGGCUACGACAUUAUUGCCGAUGCCAUAGGUAUCCUUGGAAAAGCGUUUGAACUGACAUUCGUUGGCGCAUCUACUGGUGAAUACAAAAAGAUUCAGGAAUGGUUUCUAAACAAAAGUCGAAUAGACCUCAACCAAUUAACGAUCCGUGGUUACAGCUGCGCCCAAGAUGACAUUAAAAGUAACUUGCAUCAGUCAGACCUAGUAACACUACCCUCUCGUACCGACGGCUUUGGCUUGGUUGCACUCGAGGCCAUUUCUGCUGGUAUUCCUAUUUUAGUUGCCAGUGAAUGUGGAAUUGCUGAGGCUUUGAGAGAAGUGGAAAAAGGGAAAUCUGCCAUUGUUGAACCGGAUAGACAUGUUGAGCAAUGGGUGGAACGAAUAAGGCAGCUUGCAAGCCAAAGUCCAGAGAAGAGGCAAACCAAUGCCACACUGCUGAGAGAGAAUUACCAAAAGAAAUACCCAUGGCAAACUCAAUGUAACAGAUUCAAAGGGAUGAUUCAGCAGGCACUGGAAACUACAAAUGUUUUGGACGUAACUGUCGAUGUUGACAAUAUGGAAACACGGAAAGGCGACAUGCAGAAUACUGGAACAGCUUCAUCAAAGGUCGAGUUAUCAGAAUAUCACCGAAGCCCACAACCAGGGGCAAAUGUAAUGCCAACUGGCGGUGCUAAACCUCCUGGGACAGAAGACGGUCGUCUUAUAAACGACACUAGCACAGAAAAAGUGUUGCAUGAAAUUGCUCUGAGGUACCUAAAGGUAGCACCACCAGACAGUAGAAAGGAAUUUGGAGACUUUUUGACAUAAUUGGAAAGAAUGCGAAUCACUUUAACUGGCGUUGGUCCUGGAAGCUUAGUGAUAAGUGUAAAAUGUGUAACACUCCAGAUCCUGGACAGACUGUGGGAUCAUUAUUUAUCUGGCUAUCUAGGUAAAAUGGUUCAAGAUUGUUUUGUCACCGAAGACAUCCUACAGGAGCUUAACUUAGUAAAGUUAAAGCUUAAAACAACAAUGGAAGAAGAAGAAUAUAAGAUAUGCAGGGUGUACCUGGAGAAGCAUUCAUUUCGAGGGGCUGGAGGUUCACUGAAGUCUCACUCACUUGGCUUUACCAGUAGAGAUCCAAUCAAACAAGAGGUUGGAGAUGUAAAAACUGGUAUGGAACAGUCUUAUCUCAUUAUGAAAGAAGAGAGUGGACAACAAAAAGAAACUCAUGAGAGGAAGUUCCGUGGAGGAAUGGUAAGUACAGGUACAUUAGCCUUUAUCAUCAGAAAAAUAACAAAUGUGCUAAACAUUUAACAACUUCUCUUGUGGCAACAUGGUCUAUCGCCUCAUUUUACAUGGCUUUGCCGCUUCCCUUAGUUGUUGGACACUAUUCAACUUUAUUCACGAUCGUUCGAUGGACUCGAAAGUUAGGUUGCUGCAUUCUGUUGGUCGUCCAUGUAAAGAAAACUCAAGAAACGCUCCGAAUGACUUCACGGAUUUACGCAAUUCAGCAAUGAGGAACAGCUGUCAUUUUGAAUUGGCAUGAAUAGAUGAUUCACAGAAAAAUGUAAAUUCGAUGUGAACUGCUAAUGCAGUGGCCAACUUCGACAAAAACACAUUGCAAAGCCUCUCAACCGGUUAAAGCUAUUAGGACUACAAAUAUAUUGUAAUUUAAUACAGUCUGAUUUUGCCUCAUCAUGUCGACAAUCGCUGCGUAUUCGUUCCUUAUCGC